ACUAAUGACAGCUUCUAAACAUGUCUGACUCCAAUGCAACUGUUGUUGUUAAGCAAGAGCCCGAAGACGCUGAAAAUUCAUGUAAAUACGAUAAACAGACUUUGCUCGCAGUGCUCCAGUUUUUAAAGAAGCAUAAUUUGAAGGAGACAGAAAAUCUCCUCAAGCAAGAAGCUAAAGUUUCUGAUGAUGAUCUGAAAACUGAAGAUGACAAAAAAACAGAGGUCUCACAAGCAUUAGCUGCUGUAUACAAAAGUGAUGAUGAUCCAAGUCUCUAUGAGGAUCUAUACAAUGAUUUGAAAACAUUCAUUGACUCUUGCCUUGAUGUUCACAAGGUUGAACUGUCCAUCAUUUUGUAUCCAAUAUUUGUACACAUGUAUCUUGAAUUGGUGUACAAUGAUCAUGAAUGGAAUGCUGCUGAGUUUUAUACUAAAUUCUGGCAAGAUCAAGAAGAGCACCAUCAUGAAGACUUAGCCAAAUUGGCCAUUGUCCGCAAGAAAGAACACAUGAAUGGGGACCAACUUUUGGAAAACUUUAAGACAAGUAAAUUUGUUUUACGGAUGUCUCGUGACUCAUACACACACCUCAAAAGACACUUACAAGAAAAACGCUUGUCUCCGUUGCUAACAAUUAUUCAGGAUCAUCUUUUCAUUGAUGUGUUUGACGGAGUCCCUCGUACACACCAACAAAUACAGGCUACAAGUGGAGGGUUACUUGGAGAGGUAGACAGAGAUGCCAACAAAGCUAAAGUAUUCUUUGGAUUGUUGAAAGAACCUGACUUGAAUAUCCAGCUAGACGAAGAAGAGGAAGCUGCAGAUGGUGAUGAGAAGCCUAAAAAAAAGAAAUCAAAGAAAGAUCCAUUGUUGAUGAAGAAAUCUAAAAAUGACCCCAAUGCUCCACCUGUGUUUAGGAUACCUUUACCAGAACUCAAAGACCAAGAUCACAGAGAGCGAGCUCUUUCAUACAGAGAAGCAAAGAAGAGGGCAAAACUUGACCAUAGUCAUCUACCAUCCAUUUGUUUCUACACAUUUCUUAAUUCAUACCAAGGUGUUACUAGCGUAGAUGUAACAGAUGACUCUAGCAUGAUGGCUGCAGGUUUUGCUGACGGCAAUGUUAGGGUCUGGUCCCUGACCCCAAACAAGCUGAGGGAGAUGAAAGACCCAGAUGACUUGGACAUGAUUGACAAGGAGGCUGAUGAUGUUAUGGAAAGAAUAUUUGACGAGAGAACAGCUAGUGACAAUAAAAAGCUGGCUGGUCACAGUGGCAGUGUCUAUGCUGUCAGUUUUAGUCCAGAUCGGGCCUACCUCCUGUCUUCAUCUGAUGAUGGUACAAUUCGUCUUUGGAGUCUUCUUGUUUGGACCAACUUAGUCUGUUACAAGGGGCAUAACUUUCCAGUAUGGGAUGUCAAGUUUAGCCCUCAUGGCUACUAUUUUGCCUCUGCUGGUCAUGACAGGACUGCUCGAGUCUGGGCCACUGACCACUAUCAACCACUCAGGAUAUUUGCAGGACAUUUGGCUGACGUUGAUUGUUGUCAGUUCCAUCCCAACUCCAAUUAUGUGGCUACUGGCUCUAGUGACAAAAGUGUCAGGUUGUGGGAUAUGCUGAAUGGCAGCUGUGUGCGUGUCAUGACUGGUCAUAAGGGAACUAUACAUUGUCUACAGUUUAGUCCAGACGGCAGGUAUUUAGCUAGUGCAGGAGCAGAUAACUUAGUUCUAGUUUGGGACCUAUCAACUGGAACUCUAGUGGCACAGUUGAAAGGUCAUACAAACAUUGUGUAUUGUAUUUGCUUCAGUAGGGAUGGUACUAUGCUAGCUUCAGGAGGCCUGGAUGACAGCAUAAGGUUAUGGGAUAUAAACAAAGUAUUAGCUGAACAGGAUACUGAAACAGAUACAAGUAUUCCAAGCAAUGUGAAUGUGAAUGAUAGUCCCAGCCUACUAUUGGGGACUUACCUGACUAAAAGUUCAACUAUACUAGGGUUACAUUUUACUAGGCGCAAUCUUCUCAUUGGAUGUGGGCCUUUCAUUGCACCAUCCAGUUAGCAACAGUUCGCAUGAAAGUUUUUCAGUAUUUAAUUUUAAAAGUAAAUUUUUAAAAACUGUAGUCAUGUGGAAAUAAUUAUAGUCAUUGUUUUUUUUUCAACCUGGAAAAGUAGGUUUAUACCUUCGUUGAAGAAUAUUGAAUAGACAAAUCUUUAUAGCUAGUGGUUUGUAUAAAGUUUAACAUUCAGAAGA